AUGGCGCUGACGUCCCCACAGGUCCUUUGCCCUGUAGGAUGCAGCCGGGCUCGGCUGUCCUGCUGCCCCUGGAGUCCAGGAGGUGUCUGCCAUGCAUCAUGUCCAGGAGAUUAGUGCGGGGAAAGCAGCGUCUCCUCCAGAUGAGUCAAAAAUCUCUAUUGGAUCUACUGGGAUUAUGCACUGCAAGAAGACUGUUCCCAGCACAACUCACUUCAGAACUAUUGCACCAAAAGUGGCUCCAAAAGUGCUUUCUUCCUAUUCGUCAUGCAGUUAUCCUUCUUCCUUAUCUGAUGUUGUUAUGCCUGGAGCUAAACCUUUGAUUAUUAACACUCAGAACUAUACUCUGAUGAAAGUCGCUGGUCAUGAUGGUACUUUCUCCCUUGUAGCUUUACCACAAGUCACUUCACCAGUGGGUGGAUCUGUGAUACAAACUACAGGUAUACCUUUACAAGAAAAUCUCAAAUUACCCAUUCCAAGGUACCAACCCGCUCGCAGCAAAAAGCUCCUCAACAAGAGAUCAAAGGGCCCAUGUAAGCCAAAAACUGAAAACUCUAGUGAGCAGGUAAAUCAAGAUGGACCUUCUGAAGGUACUGCAACAUUGCACCGUAAACCUGAAAAAGCAAAACCUUUGGUGGUAGAAGAGUCUUGUUUUCAAAGCCAGCUUUUCCCAGGCAGCGGAGCUGAGGCUUGUGAUGUAAAUAAUUGUACCAUUACAUGUAUGGAAAAAAGUCUGAAGUUCCCAACCUUCUGCACGGGUAGCCCAGUAAAGUUCAGUGCUCAUACUGAGAAGACAAUUGGUUCAUCAGACUGUGGGUCACUAGUUAGAUAUGAAAGCACCAAAGUUGUUGACUCUACAAAUUCAUUAACGCUCUUCUCUCCAGUUGUUUUUGGCAGUCCACUUCCUCUUCUCCAAUCUGUUCCUAAGGGAAAAUUGCCCAUUUUACCAUAUUCAAAAAUCAAGAAAUCGAUUGCUUUGGAAAAGAAUGUAACAAAGCCAAACGUAGGUCAAACUGGCCUACAGACAGACACUUGCCAAGUCCACGUGACUUCUCCUUCUGUCAGUGUUUUAAAUGUCUCCACUGUGAAUAGUCCAUGCCAGCCGCUUUUAACAUCUGACUCCGGGGUCUUGAGCAAGCAAAGUUCUGGUUUAGGAAGGAAACGGGGGAAGAAACGAAAAAGUUUUGGUGAGAUGUUGGGCUACCAAACAAAAAUGAGACUGGUUGGAGACAAGCUCAUUAUGUGCAAAGAUAAGUGCAAAGCUCAGGUUGGUAUCAUUGGUAAAAGUGAAACGUCACUGAAGAAAUAUCGAAACAUAAUGCCAAAGCCAAUGGUGGAGAUUCAGAGCUUGGCAUCGCUGGAUGCCUCCAAUCCUCUUUUUCAAGCAAACAUGGCUGAAUGUCAUCUAAGAAAUAGGUUGGUUGGUAGCAGACUUCACAGGUGGAGGCAAGGAGAGCAGAUGCAAAAGAGUGCAGCAAGAGUGUUGCAUAGGUGUCAUGUAUGUAAUUACGGCUUUCAGUUUAAGCACCACUUACAGGAUCAUCUGAACAGUCACAGCAACAAGAGACCCUACCACUGUCGCCUCUGUCGUAAGGCCUACGUGCACUCGGGCAGUCUCAGCACACACAUGAAGCUCCACCACAGCGAGAGCCGCCUCAAGAAGUUAAUGUGCUGUGAGUUCUGCGCCAAGGUCUUUGGACACAUUAGAGUUUAUUUUGGUCACCUUAAAGAAGUACACCGAGUUAUUAUAAGCACGGAAUCUUCCUGUAAACAGCCAGAGAGAAAAACCCUGAUUCUCAAAGCGAAAUCUGAAGAUAAUUUAUUACUAAAUAGGAAUAAGAACAUCGCUAAUGAGGAAGACUCCAUUCCAGGAUCAACAGAUGAGAUCAAAUUACAGAUCAAAUGUGGACGUUGUCAUUUCGUAGCUCCCACUUUUUCAGAUAUGAAGCUCCAUUUGUUAAGUGUCCAUGGAGAUGACUCUCAAGAAGUAUUUCCGGAAGGAGUCCUGGAAAGCCGACAGGGUGUCCAAGAGGAAGUGGUUAAACAAGCAACCCAUCACUGGAAGCUACUGAGCGAAAGACGAAAUGGGCCUAGGGGCAACAGCUGUGACGAGGUGCUGGAUGCUGCAAGUAGGAUGAAGGAACCUCUCAGAACGUCUGACACAACUGCUGCUGAACUUUCUGCAAGUGAGUCUACUCCAUCAGUGGAAGGAAAGGACAACUCAAGCCAAAGUAUGAAGCUUUCAUCGGAGAUCAAAUUCUAUUGCAGGAACCAUUUCAACUGCUUGCUGUGCACACAGAUGUUGGAAACCCAGAGGGAACUCUUUGAACAUUGGGAGACGAAGCACAACUGUGAGAAUCCCUUGGUGCUUUGGAUGGUCUUCAACGCAUUGCCUAAGAGUGAUCAAGAAAUCACCUGAAAAGCCUUUCUCUUUGUGUGCAAGUUUGUGUUAAAAUUUUAAUCCCAGCUUUUUCUGCACUGAUCUGUACUUGACUCCAGCUUUAUGUUUUUUAUAUCUGUGAUUUUAUAUUGUUGUGGGUUUUGUUCCGACAUAAGACUUUUUUAUGGGAUGGUGAUCUAUGUACAGUUAUUUAUUGCAUCUAAGAUUGUUUGAUGAGGUGUUAUGCCACUUUGUGCAAUGCCCAAAGCCUUUUCUGUGUUGCCUAGGCUGUUGUUUUGGUGGACAGACGGUGAAGCUCUUCAUGUUACACUGUAGUAACGUGGCACUUAGACAGAGCUUUUUCCCAAGAAUCUCAAGCAUUAAUAUUUUUCGCUAAUUUAUAAGAAUAUAACAGGGCCUUAUAGCAAAACUAUUUUCACAGUGCAUCUGCAGUACAUCUUUACCGUAUCUGCCGGGUUUCCAUUUUUUUUUUUAAGGUGUACCUAAAUUUACAAAUUAACCUUAUUAAAACCUACUCUAAUGUGACC